GGCCGGGGACUUCACCGAAGGCGGGGGUGUCGGUGCGGUCUCCGCCGCGGGGCGGGCAGGUAGGAGAGCGGGGAUACGGGUUUGGGGGGAGAGAAACCGCGUAACGACGUGCGCUUUGAAGAGCACGAACAAAGAGCGGGUGGCCUUGUGGUUACCGGAGGCUUGGCUGCGUCCGUGCGCCUCCAGGCACGGCGGGGCUGCUGGGGUUCUGACCGCGCUGAUGCGAAGGUAAUCGCCUGCCGUGCCACGAUCGAUUCCUCCGCUCCCGUCCCCGCCCGGCGUGAGCCCGGGCUGCGGUAGAGCCCCGGCUGCGGGAGUGCAGGCGUUGCUGCUCACACCUCACUGCGCAGCCCCCCGCUUACAGCCCGGCUCUGCGCUGUUACCGAGUGCCCGGGGAUCUCUCUGUGUCUUUCCCCAGCUUGUUUGGAAGACAGAUAGACCUGGUAGCCUUGAAAGAUGUCAGGAUGGCACUCCACGGUUCAUUAGCUUGCAAUAACAAAAUCCCAAGCUUGAGCUCUUCAUAAGGAUUUGGACUUAGUGGGGAGAAUGAUUUUUCUCUUCUUCUGUCAUACAGUGAUGCUCACCUGUGUUUGCUGUUCCACACUGUCUUUCAAAACUGCCCCAAACGGGAGGUGACCUUGGACAAGGCCCAGACCGACAUGAUGUGGACGUGGCCUUUGGAGUUCUCCCCCUGUGAACAUAAUUCUGAGGCCAUUGGGUCUUUGCCUGCGGUUGGAGUCUUCUUUGUCCUCCUUCCAGACCUCCUUCUCUGCAUCAACAGGAAGCUCUGCUUUGAAAAGAGAGGUGGGUUCUCAUGCAUGGAACAAGAAGGGAGAAGAAAACAUUACAAAGAGAAGUCUAGAUUCAUGAUGGCCUGGCUUUCUGAAUCAUAAGUGACAUGGUGGUGAAACUGAACAGCUGAUCUCCAGAUACUGUCAUAGUAUUAACCAUGGCAUCUGAGGCUGUUCAGAGUUUUCUUCAGCCACUCUCUUCUUGGUUGUCCCAAAUAUACGAAGCUAUCCAACAGGCAGGAGACUCUAUAUCUGCUUCACUGCUGAAUUUGAGUGGAGUCGGUCGUGAGUCAGAAGAAGAUAGAAACCGGGGCUUGGAGGGCAAUGGAGUAGCUCAUGAGGAUUAUUCUGCGGAAUCAGAAGAUGAAAGACACGUAGACCUGUGGGAUGAGGAAUACACGUGCCCUAGAGAAGAUGGUCACUUUGCAGGUCGUGAUCUUGCUUCAGAGGCCCUCCCCUUUGGUUCUGACAUGAGUCUGCAGAGGCAAAAAUGGGUUAAAAAUACCACCAGCUUACCCCAGCAGUGUAUCGAAAGGACCGGGCCUUUGGCUGCCAAUGGAUCACAUUGGAUGAACGAAGAUCUGCAGCCGCUUCCUACUAUCUCUGAAGAUGAAAGUGAGCCCUCUGUGAGGAUGAGAGGUCAUGAUUACAGCAUCAGCAUGGAUAGCGCCUUAGAAAUUAAUAAAUACAAGGCAAGUUUUGCAGAUCUGGAUGGACUAAGCCAACUGAGUUACCAAGACAUCCUAUCCUGUCAUGGAAAUGACCAUAUAUCUGUUGAUUCAAGAACAAGGGAGUGCAGGAGUGCCGGGCAGCAUUCAGGGCCUAGGAUGGAGUCCAGCACUGCUGAUGGCUUCAGCCAGCAAGCCGCAGAAGGAUGUUUGGAAUUGGAGGCAGCAUUUACCAACCAGGGAUUUGAAGGAAAUGAUGCUACUGACAGCUCAUCAGCUUGGAGCCCUGAGGAGGCUGAUGAGGUGAACAAUGAACCAGCUCAUCACAGUGCUUAUCAGCCCGUUUGUAAAUGCGGUGAUCUUGAUGUCAUUUUCAGUUAUAAAGCCUCAAGUCAAAAGCUCAUAGUUACUGUCUUGGAGGCCAGGGGCAUCCCAGACAAAGACCGCAGUGGUGUGAACACUUGGCAAGUGCACACAGUAUUGAUGCCUAGCAAGAAACAGAGGGGUAAGACAAGUGUUCAGAGAGGACCCAUCCCCGUGUUCAAGGAUAAUAUUACCUUUAGUAAGCUGGAGCCACAUGAGUUAGGUGGCCAUGCUGUCCGUUUCCGCCUCUAUGCUGUGCACAAGGUGAUUGGAGAGAAGAUGAUGGGAGAGCAAUUGUUCUACCUGAGCAACAUCAGCCAGGAAGAGGAAGUGAAGGUGACGUUGGUCUUGGAACCAAGGAGUAAUUUGACCAGUGCAGACUCUCAGCUUAGUCUGUCAGCAAUCUCUCACAGUGAUAGCGCUUCUUCAACACAGUCCCUGUCUCAUGGAGGGGUGCCAGAGCUGCUUGUGGGCUUGUCAUACAAUGCAACUACGGGGCGGCUGUCAGUGGAGAUGAUCAAAGGCAGUCAUUUCCGAAACCUCGCAAUUAAUAGGCCACCUGAUACCUAUGGAAAGCUUUGCCUGCUCAACUCUGUGGGCCAGGAGAUGUCUCGCUGCAAGACCUCCAUCCGUCGAGGGCAGCCCAACCCUGUCUACAAGGAAACUUUCAUCUUCCAGGUUGCCCUCUUCCAGCUCUCUGAUGUCACACUAAUGAUCUCCAUAUACAACAAACGCAGCAUGAAGCGCAAAGAGAUGAUCGGCUGGAUCUCCAUGGGGCAGAACAGCAGCGGAGAAGAAGAGCAAAGUCAUUGGCAGGAGAUGAAGGAGUCAAAGGGGCUGCAGGUCUGCAGGUGGCACACAUUGCUGGAGUCUUAAUGGUAACCAGGGCAGCCUGUAGAUCCCAGGACGAUGGGCUGUCUUCCCUCGUUCUCAGUCAGCAGGAAGCAACUGUCCCGUGGCAAGCACUGUGCUCUGAUAGGUCAUGUACUCUUUAACCUGACUUUUCAGUAUCAUCUAUCAGGCAUUAAAAGUGACAAGACCUGGGAAGCAAGUUUAGUUCUUGUCUUUCCAGGUUGCCCUGCAUUUUCCACAUCCAAAUUAGUAACCCUGGGAAAAGCAAGGGCAAACCUACAGGAUCCUCCCUUUGCUCCUCAUCUCGCUCAUUUUAUCAUACGUCUAAUCGUCACAGUUCAAUUUUGAUGCUAUUUUCUUCCGGAGUAAAUUCUCUGAUCCCUUCCUUAUUUAUAUUAAUGAAGUUUGCAGAUAUUCUUGACACGCAGAUAGCUCACAGAUAGGCUAAACUGCAUGCAGAUCACAUUUUCUCUCUUUUAUUAUCUAAUUUUUUAAGUCUACAAACGAACAUUUGGUGCCACUAUAGACUGGAUUUUUCAGGCAGCAUGGGAAAGCACUGUUGAAUUUCCUGUCACUUUAAAGUGCCUAGGCGUUAUUACUGUUUCUGAUACUAACUGAUAGUGUUUAUUUGGACUUAAUACUGUCAGUAUUCUUAAUUAGGCAUCCUGUGCACUUGUUAGCCUGUACUGCCACAGAGAUUGCAUGAGGGAUAACUAAUAGUAGUUUUAUAUUGUGACUAUACAAUGCAUGUUUGGAUGCUUACUUGAAGUUCAAGGCUUCUGUCAUCAUGAAUACCAAAAAUCAAAGACCAGAACAAGCUGCACGUCCACCUUUGUGCCUGAAUCACUCUUUUCUGCAUCGUUUUGAUUAUGUGUUAUUUUGUUCCGUAAAAGUGAGUUUCGUUCAGAAAAGCAUUUCUGUCAGCAUUAUACAGAAAAGCUUUUGAUCCAUGAUUUCUCUGUUGUUCACUUAAGCACAACUCAAGUUUACUGAGGGCUCUUGUUCAAAUGGGCUAUCUGUAGUAUCUUUGGGGACUGGAAAGAGAACCAUUUUUGGCAUGUUGAGCAGUAAAGAAUGCCAGACCAAGGCACUUUGUCUUUGGGACAGUCUCUCCUACAAGAACAGGUGAAAUAGGACCCAGGGGACCACUCCUAGAGGGGCAGCUUGCAGGGAGGAGGCUUGAUGGAUGAAGUGAUGUAGUUACUUUUCAGCCCGUUUUGUUAUUUUCCAUUUUAAUCAUUUUUCCCAUCUCCAUGAGUUGAAGUUGUAGAGUCAGUGGCUAGGGAAGAAGUCUUCAUCUGCUUGACUAUUGAACAUUGAGCUCUAAUUAGCUGCUGGAAAACUGCAUAUGACACAGCAGAGGAUGUGGAUUCUCUUGGGCAGUGAUGGUAUGUAGACAGAAAGGUGCCAAGAUAUUCACAGGCCAUCAGCUGCCUGAUUUUAAUUCCCUAAGCUCUUUAGAAGAGGAUUGGCAUUUCUUCAUCCCUUCUGAUGAUAGGAAGGAAAUAUUAUGCUGGAAAGGUUUCUCUCUUCUGAAUCACCUCAUAUUUUGUUUUUGUCAUUUACUAGUCUGGCACCAGAUUCCAUCUCUUGCACUACAGCUGUCUCCUUCCAUUCAGAGGUGCUGUGCAAGUUUCAGCACUGGCUGUUUAACCAAAAUUGAGCCUGAGUUCUGGUUUGCAUCACAGUCAGGCUAGUGAUCACCCACUGGGCAGUGGUGUGGUAAAUGCGGUUAUCACUUGGUGUAAUACACACAGUCUUUGUCUGUCCUCACGUGGCAGCCCAGCAAGAUAAUCUUACAAAAGAAGGAUUUCUGGUGUGGGUGAGACAGACCCUACGGAUUGUGGCUUUGUACGUUCUUAACACUUACUUGCCUGGGCAUCAUUUUCCAGUGAGACUGGUGGCUGUCCUAUGCAGGAGGAUUGUCCUCCACUGCCUAGAUAAGCUGGCACAGUAUCUGCUCUGCACUACUGGGGCUUUGUAUCUCAAAUCAGGAUCUAACCAAAAUACAACUGCAUUUUUGACUGCACUGUUAAUUCUGCUGUGUUGCCAAUAGGAGAGAUAACAAGCAGCUUGUUAUCCAUCAAGAGUGGUAAUAAGCAGACCAGUCUAAACGUGGCUUUUUUUUACCAUAUGUUUUUCUUCUGGGAAAAGUACGUAAAACAGAUCAAAUCAAAAGGUGCAUUUCCUGAUUUCAGUUGUUUGCCAAUCUCUGCAUUUUUUCCUGAACUGCAUGAAACUUAUAUGCAAGUGUUUAUAAGUAAUUUUAUUAUCUGAGAUGUGUAUAAUAAACUUAUUCAGAUUCUCUUAGUAUCUUCUUGAACCUUUAAAGUGUCACUGAUGCUAAAUUUAAUGAUUAGCUAAGGGAAAAGUAUAAAUUGGUAGUAUGUUUCACAAGUGAACUGGAGAUAACCCAGAUUUAUAAUUGUGUGAUUCAAAAGAAUUACUGGAAGGGCUAGUUUUAAAAAGCAAUGAAGUGAACUAAUUUUGGGCUUCCAUGCUGUUUUCAUAUCUAGAUCUUUUCUGAAGAUACAGCACAAACGAAAUUGAAUUUUAAAGUAUAUUUCCACUAUGGAAUAUUAAGAUGCAGAGGAAAGCAAGAGACAACAGCAUACAUAGAGUCUGUCAAUAUCUGAGCACAUGUUAAAACUUUGCUCUCAGAUGGAAGCAGCUUCCUGCAUCAUUGCAAUAACGUUUUGGCCUGAUGUUUUACAAGAAAAAUUUGGAGGGAAGGAGAAAAGGAUGAGGUGAGGGGGAGCAUUGUUUGGAGCUGCUGCUAAAACUGUUGGCACAUCCACGCCUUGAGCAGUACAUCUGUGAAGUUCAUUAAAUUCCUACUGAAGCACAGAGGAAUUUAUGAAUCUUGGGAUGAACGGUGUUGGGGGUGCUCAUGUUUGCUAGCUGUAUUUCAGGACUUUUGUUGGUUUUCUGGUUUGUUUUUCUUUACAGUGUUGACUGUCUGUGAAAUGAAGAAGGCUUAGCUGCAGCUCUCCUUUAUUUCAGAGCUCCCGUAAUUCUUUUAAUAGAGAGACUGGAUUAGUUAUUGCUAACAUUGAUGCAGGCUGGCCUUGUGCUCUUGGUCUUUCUCAUGUAAAUACCACUGCCCUUUCAGUCACUGCUAUAACCCCUCGUUUCCUUUAGAAGUGGCUGAGAAGUCUGAAUUUCCAGGCAUGCUUCCGUUCCUUGGAAAUUCUGCUUCGCACUUAGCUCUCCAUAGGCGACGGCCACUGGAGCUGGGCCCUGUGCCCCUUUGGCCUCCAUCCCCAUGUGUGCUGUGCUGGGUCCCUGCUCCUGUGGGGCUCCCGGAGGAGAACAAGGCCAUGGGGUGAGCAGCUGACUUGCUUCUGGGAAUGCUUGGGCGCUUGCAUGGCCUGACUACGCAGGUUUCCUAAUGCAUGUUUUCUAAGAUAAUUUAUCUCCUUUUGACACCACUGUCUGGAAUCCCCAAAGAGGUUAUUUGAAUUUUCUUCUCUAGGGGGAAGAAAGAAAAAAGCUCCAAAACCACAAAACCGUUGUGUGGGAAGGAACUAACUGCACUGGCUUAAGCCCAGGAUGCUGUGGGCAAAGAGCUCUGGAUCCGUCUCUAUCUCGAGCAGCGUCGCUCAGCUAGCUGCAGUCUGUUCCUUUCUUGGUCUCUCUCCAGCAGCACAUCCCUGUCCCGCUAGGCUCUCUGCUGUUUUUUAUUUCUUGUUUUUAAUGUGUAUUGACAACAGAACAGAAUGAUCUCACCGCGUUUGUAUUCUCUGCAGUAAAGCCGACUUUCAACUGAUGCCCACAGAACUGAGUACCUCUUUUAGCCCACUGUGCUGCAGCGAUAGCUGACUGACGUGCCUGUUUGUGAAGGCUUUCUGUGGUCUGUCUACAGCACAAUUUGGUUAGUUUGGGUUUCCUUUCUACCACUGGCUUUAAUUACCCAGGCCCUGCUGUGCAGUGCUCUGUCACAGGGUGAUGUGGCGGUGUGUUUCCUGAGGCAUGGAGGACAAUGGGUGGCGGUAGGGAGCCUGCUUUGGCAGGGGAUUGGACUGGAUGAUGCCCAGAAGUCCCUUCCAGUCCCUACGGUUCUGGGAUUGUGUGAGGUAAUUUGGUAUUUUUAGUGGCUGCAGAGCCCGUGAAGUUACUUGGUGCUUUACGUAAUUGAUUGAUCUACAAGCAUGAACAUCUUCAGAUGUUCUUAGACUUGCAGAACCGAAGGCCACCAGCUGCUAUCGAUCAUCUCUCCAGCACAAAGCCCAACGUGGCUGCUUGGCAGAGGAGGCCUUUCCUCUGGUGCCUGCUCAUUUCUCCUUCAGCUAAAGCUGGCGCUGGCCUUGGAGCGCACGUGCCCACAGAGCCUUCCUCACUCCUGUAUUUAUCAUCAUCUUUAAUCUGUACAAUUGCCUCACUUCACCUCUCUACCUCUCAUCUGCCUUUCACACAAAAUGGAGGCAUAAAGGCUGAGUGAGGCCGCGUGGCUGUGCCUUGAGGUGCUUGUCCCAAGGCCUCCACACUUGUGGAGUGGGAAUGGUGCUGGUUGGGUUGUGAUGCCUUAAUGUUUACAAGGCUAUGACACCUGUUCAGCCCUGGGUGGACAGAGCUAAGGAUGGAAGAAACAACCUCUUCUGUUUGGUUCCUCCUGGGUUUUUUUGUGUUCCGUAAAAGGAUGGCAGAGCCUGAAGAAAUUAGUAUGCAGGAGCAUCCGCUUUCCAUUUAAAAUGUACUGAGUGUGAUGUUUGCAACUAUGGUUUGAGGGGAAGAAAAAGCAGCCAGGGUUUUUAGAAGAGCUCGCUCUUUGAGGGAGGCAGGAUAUUCCCUGCAGCGAGAGCUACCCAGCAGAACGUUCUUGUACCUCAGGCAGUGAUGUUGGCAUCCAGCUGAUCUUCUUCAGUGAUAAAUGCAGCCAGAAGCUGACAGGUCUUGCAGCUUGGAAAGAAAUACAGGAUAACUAAUGUGGGCUUUUAUUGGGAACCUGGUGCAGAUUUAGCAGGUGGUUGUGCAAGGAUUGAAUGCCCCCAGUGGUGGUCGGGAUGGUGGUGGAGAGGAAAGACUGAGUGCUCGUGUUGCUGCUGAGGUGUGGCUUUGCUGUUUUCCUUGUUUUCCACCUCAGUUCCUUAGUUCCAGUACUGCUGAAGGCAUACAGCACUUUCUUUUUUCCUACUUUUUUUUUUUCCUCCCCAGCACGGAGUGAGCUCGUGCCUUCCCGCAGCCUACACUGUAGGUCUUAAGAAAUGAAUGUGUAAAUAUUUUGUCUCUCACGGCAGCCCAAGGUCAUCUUUCUGGAACAGCAAACAGGCACAGAAUCCAAAGAAGAUCAGUCCAUCAUGUGAGUAAGGUUAGCAUCUGCACUUACAAAUGACAAAGGCUAUUAAUCCUCAUGCUGUAAUCCCCAAGCUGUUUGCCAGCUGGCAGCAGGAAGAUGUUCCUGCUCAGCCCACACAGCUAUCCAUGUUUUUUCACCUUUAUGAAGCAGAUAUAGGUCAAUGCUGUAGCUUGGAAAAAGAACUUGAUGGACACCAUUCAUCUUUUCUAGUAUUCCAAUCCCUUUCUUCUCCACGCAAACCACCUGCCUGGAUUGGGGUGCAGAAGGAAUGCUGCAGGCUUCCCCUCCUUUAGAAUAGGAGGCUGAAGGUCAUGUUAUUUCCCCUGUGCUCCCACAUCGGAGGAAGAAUCGGGGAAUACCAGUUGGGUACAGCAGUGUCAAUCAUCAUCUGGGGACCAGAGGGGAAUUUGGGUCCUGCCUGCCAUGGGGACAUACCCAACCGCAAUCCUGCUGCUAGUGAGGUGGGAGGAAGGCUGCCUGUUCUCCUCAUCCCAGUUGUUUUGUUAACACUUUGCAGGUGCUUAUGCUUCACACCAUCUCCCAUUCUUUCAUUAAUAUCUGCAGAGAUGCGCUCCAAGUCAGGGCCAUGCCUGGCAGCAAUAUCUUCUGUUCAUGAUGCUCAGGACAAAACCUGUUCUCCGGUCUCUUGCUGUCACUGUGUGGCAUCUCAAGCACAGGGUUUCCAAUUAAACCAGUCCCACCUCCUUCCGAUUGGCACAGCUGUGGGUUUUGUCUUGCAGGGCUCUAUUCUCUUCUGUGACACUUUCCCAGCAGAGUUUGGCCUUCUGUUUCUUAUGAAGAGUAAAUGAAGAAUUCAUCUGGUACACUUAGCAUUUAUACAUGUGUAUAUAAAAAUGUUUUUAGGUGUUGUGCUCCCAAGGGCUUUGCAUGCAGCACGGUUCGAUGUAUAUCUGACUGUUGAUUUAAGCAUACCAUACUAAAUAAGUUGUUUUUUAGUGCACGUUGGCUUCUUUCCCUCCUGGAACAAUGCACCAUUUCUGGCAGGGUCAGUUUUUAUGUCUUGCUGCUGCAUUUCCAGCUGGGCACAUUCUCCCACACAUCCCAGGACAUGGUAUAGCACUUCAUGUCCACAGCGAGGCUUGUGGGGCUUUCUGGAUUUCUUGUUCAGUUAUGAAUAUGUCUAUAGAAGGAGAAUUGUUCAUACUCUGAAGGUUAUACAAAACAGAUUCAUAUUCCCUUUUCACUUCUGUAAACGUUCAAAGAUUGCACUGAAAAAUUGUACCUUCUGUGUAGCUAAUAAAGGACUGGAACUGACUGGUGUGGCAACUGGAAUGGUAUCAGCAUCGUUUCAGUUGCUAUGUGUGGUUGAAAGAGAGGAGCUGAAGUGCAAAACCGAUUUUAAAAAAGGAUGGAAAAUACGAUGAAAAGAUGUUUGGAUAUUCAACAGGAAGAGUGAUACGGGUUUAUUCUUAGCUUUUCAUGUACUUGACAAUGAAACAUUUUUAUUCUACUUAAGUGUUAACGUGCAUGAUCAUACAAUAUAUUGCCUCUCGCUAAUUAUAUGCUGUGUUAGGAAUGCUAAUGUCUUGAUGAUAUCUGACUGGGAAAAGAAGAAAAAAAAGCAUUAAGCCCAGCUUCUGUAGAAUUCUGGGCUGAAAUUACCCCCACACACAUACAACCAUCCACACCUUAGAAACAGUCUUAUUUUGUUUCAGUGAGCAGGUUUUUAUCAAUAAAAUAGAAGCAGAUGGCUCAUGUAGACAUGCAAAACCAGCGUGUCUUCCUUUGUGUUCUUAUUGUGGCAGAAUCGAGUGAAUAUGCAUCUAGGAGAGGUGGACGUGUUUUGUCCAGAACAAAGAUGCAGGUGGUCAGUGCAUAAUGCAUAACUGAGGGGAAUGGGAAUUAUCCUCCCCUCCCCAUCCUCGUCUGUCUGCAUGUUGCCUCUCCCAUGAGGGCUGCUCUUGGUUAUCUGUCUCAUCAAUGAGUGUUGUGUCAUCAACGUGUGCUUGGUCCCUUGGGCUGGCGAGCUGACAUUGGGCUAAUGCAAAGCCAAGCACAUCCCAGCAGCAGUGAAGGUCAUGUUCCUGUCUGAUAGCCACUUGGCUUGUGUGUGCCUUUGAGCGUGAUGUGCUGGUGUGUAGUACACUUCCAUCAGGUAGCUGUUGUAACCCAUGCCCAGGUUGAGACAGGAAAAGACAAAAGCCCAAGAAAAUAAUUCAAAAGUGGUGAUUUUGAGCUGUAAGUAUUCAGAGCACUGAGAGAGUAGUGAUGUACGAAUAUGGGGAGCCAGGAUUUCUGAAUCCCUUCUGGGAUCCGCAGGGCUGGCUCUCCAGACCCCACUGGUACAAAUCUUUGAGACAAAUGGAGUUUUGUUUUGCUGAGGACUGACGUUGGUGAGGUGAUCAGGCUCACUGCGUUCCCUGUCCAUUUUUUUCCUAAAAUACAUUUAAAAUUCAUGCUGCCAUCUCCCAUCCUCAGUUCCUCAGCAAACUCCACAUUUUGUUUUGCCUUGUUUUGCUUUGUUUUAUUCCCAUUAUUUUGUUCUCCCUCCAGCUGCAUUUUAAUUCCUUGCUCGGAGCUGCUUUGCUACUUGGCGAAGCACCAAGUGCUGUUUUGCCAAGAUAUCCCUCAUGUCAUCCCAGCUUUGGCCAGGUGGAAAAGUCACAUUUUGAAUGUCGCAAAACUAAGUUUUGAAUUUCAACGAAAGAGUGAUAGAAUUUUUCAUGAGAGGGUGAAAGCAUUCCCACAUCUCAAUCAGCCCAAUUUAGGCUGGAGGAGCUGAGCUGUCUGCCAUCUGUCUCCUCGCCAGUCUCUCCCCCACCAUCCCCGUUUUUGAGCAGUUUGGCCAAUUUCAAUCACAUUUGAAAGAAGGGUAGACGGCUCAAAGACAGUUAUGCUUGUAGAAAUUGUGCUACCUGGCAGAGGAGCACUCGCAGAGAGGCGGAAAGGAACGAGUUUGACAGGUCGAGGUCAGCCAGUGCGAUGGUGAGCUGCCUCCUGGGGACACAGUGGAAUUUGGGUGUUGGUGUCGGGGUGCUUGGCUGUAAGAAAGAGCACAAAUGGAUAGGAAAACAGGCUGUGUUUGUUUUGCUGCUCCCCAGCUGCCUGCUGAAGUCUCACUAUCGAUCUUUUUAAGUGUAAACAGGUCAACAGAACAAAACAAACCCUUAACGCGUUCUCACAUACCAACAAGUUUUCUGGCACGAUGCACUGCAAGAUUGAGGAGAAAACCAGUUCUAGGACGUUAUGGGAGCUGCUCACCAAGGUGGGCAGUGAUGGGCCAGUAUCUGGGAACACAGCUAAACGGGCCAGGCCAGGGAUGGAAAUUGGUCCAGGACACAACUCCUCACAUCUCCAACUGCUCCGAGUUCCAGGUACAAAUGUGCAUUUCAGGUGCAUCUCAUCCUUGCAGUGCCUUCUGCCCACCUGGAAGUCAUUAUGUCAGUGGGUCCCUUUGGCUGUGUUGAGAAAUAUAGCACUUGUGGAGGUCUGUGCUGCCUGGGAGCACUGGUGCUCUUAUGCACACAUCUUUUGAAGGUUUGGUGCUUCGAUUCAGAAGGGCACAUUAAUUUAAUUCAUUUGUCUUUAAUGAUUGGCUUGAGGAGAUGCAACUAUUGUCAGAUGAAGGAACUGAUUUUUUUCUAAUUCUACUUGGCAGUUAAAGUAAGUGGUAAUGUUCUGGGUUGUUUUUUUUUCAUAUUCCCAGUUACUCACAACCAUUUUAAAAUAUGUGUUUAUUAUUAUAGCACUAACUAUGCUAGGCAAUCCUGCUUUCCAAAUUCUUAAAAGAGAAAAACAAACAAAAAAACCCAACACCCUACUCUUCUAUUGUCUGCCUGUCCAGGUUUUAUCUUGUGCAGUACGCGUUUAAAGUCUUAUCUUUUCAAAUAAUAUCACUGUCAAUAGAGACUUUGGUCCCAGUUCACUGUUCUGUUUAAUUUCCAUUGCACGAAAACAACAUGUGCUUCAGCUGGGCAGCAACUCCCAGCCAGGCAUCCCUAGCAGAUGGGAAAACUCUUCCCAUGGGAGGGGAGGGCAUGGCUCAUGUCUCCAUGACAAUAGAUGAGAUGGGAUGCAAUGCAAUGCAAUGCAAUGCAAUGGGAUGCAAUGUGAUGGAGUGGGGUGGGAUGAGGUGGGGGUGGGAUGGAGCAUCUGCUGCACAUCUUCCUUCAGUUUGCAUGACCAAGUGUUCAGAUCACUUACUGCAAUGGAAAGCAGAAUUUAGGUCUGCACUUGCUGACAUGCAGGGAGUUGAUGCCCCCAUGUCAGAGCAGUGAGCCUUCUAGCUGCACUGUAUGCUUCCCAGCACAUCAUUGUGACUGCUCAGGUCUGCUUCUCCUGCUGCAGCUCCUAUGGCUCGAAAUGGAGCUCCCAGGCUGGAGCUCCCAAGCUGGAACACUUAUCCCAAGCAUUUGAAUAGCCCAGCUUCAUACAAACCCUGUCUUUAGCUGGGGAGCUGUGUGCACACCUGGUGGGAAAGGAAUGAGAUAGAAAGGCUCAAACUGCCUUGAAGAAAGCAGCAAGCCUUGGAUUUAGGAAGAAUUUGCUCCAGGCUUCUCAGGGGAUGGAAAUGUUUCCUGUAGUCAGCUGGGGGAAGAUUAGAUGACCUUUUGGCUGUAAGUUAUUGCCAGCUAAUAAUUCCCACUUGUGUGCUGACAGGAGAGGGGAAGAGGUGUCUUUGCAGCAGAAAUUGUGUUGAAUGUUAAAAAAAAAUAUAUAAUAAAUCUCAGGAACACUGGAGUAGUGCAUCCGUCGUUCAUUUAGCUCCUAGCUGCAGAGUACGUGCCACUGUGUCUUCCUUUUCUAUCUCCAUAUCCAGAAGAGAGAUUACUGUAUUAAUUAUGACAUCUUUGUGAAGAGCUGAAGCAUUGCUCAAGUCCUCUGUUGAACAGCAGAAAAAUGUCAGAUUCAUCUCACAGUAAAUUUAAAAUUACACCAACCUGAACUAUCGCUACUGGCAGCAUAAUAAUAAAGCAGGUAAUCAAAAUCAAUUAAAUUCCAGUGCCUUCCUAUUGUCCUAGAAAAUUCAAAUCUGAGAUUAGUUUGAGUUCAUUUGACUUUUCAAUAAAAGAAGUGGCAGUUUGAAAUAGGUACGUGGCUGGGCCUUUUCUUCAGUUGCACAGACCAGAGGAGAUGUGUGCAGGCACAUGCAUGGUGGUUCAUGCUUAGGGCCCAGUACAGCCAGAUGCUCUGGCUGGGUAUUAGGAAAAAAUCUUCAGAAGGAGUCGGUGGUGCAGUGGCACAGCUGCCCGGGAAGUGGUGGGAUCACUGUACCUGGAGGCAUUAAAGAACCAUGGAGAUGAGGCACUGAGGGAUGUGGGCAUGGUGGGGGUGGGCUGGGAUUGGGUUUGGUCAUCUCGGAGGUCUUUUCUACCUUUGUCAUUCUAUGAUUCUGUGACAAGGAGUAACUGGUCUGAGGCUGCUGUGUUGAUGUUUAAAAACUGGGACUUGGGCCUACCAAGAGCCAGUGCUGUAAAAUUUGGAUGAGGUAUUGAUCAGGUGAAGUGCCAAAUGAAGACUUUCUACCAUGUAAGAGGGAGGAGGACCAAGCCUGGUACAUUCUGCUCUACAUGGACCUUCCUGCAGACCUUGGAGCAACAAGAAGGAGGGGAUCUGCAUGUAUCCCACCAGCAGUAACAGCCCCAGGCACCAUGUGCCCAGGGCCCCUAUUUUCCAGAUCACUGGAGACAGGAAGUUCAGCUUGUGGCCAGAAUGGAUGUGUUCCCAUAACAUCUUGCCUUGAUUUGGUACUGGCAAACAUUCUAUAGUAGAGAUGGAGCAUGAGAUGGAGGGAACUGCCACCCAGACAGGGCUGCUGUGGCAUGAGCUCUUGGGAGCAAUGGUGGCAUCCAUGGCAGUUGUAUGUAUCAUAUGAGGAGGUUUUCUCUUGGGGAAAGAUGCUCACAAAGCCCAAGCUGCUGAGCUGAUGAAAUCCAGUGUUGUUCCAUUAACAUAAUUGUAGCUACUGAUACUGAUGUGUCUUUCCAAAAAGCUUUUCCCCUCUUCCAAAGUCAGGGGUGGCUCACGUCUUGCAAGGAAAAGCCCUACAUACUUCUGGAUGGGAGAAACUGACUGGUUUUAUAAAUAUAUAUAUAUAGUAAUCUCCUCUUUGCCAUUAUCUGCAUAUAGAGUUAUGGUCUUUGGAAAAGGAAUUGCCCUUCUAUGCACACUAUGCCUUGUGCAUGUAAGAUUUUACUUAUUCUUUUUAAACUUUUCCUGAGCCUUGCUGGCUGGACCCUUGGUAAUGAGGGUAACAUGAGCUUGAUGCCUUCUCUAAGCAGAAAUGCCUGAGUUGCCCCAUGCCUCAUUAAGCUUCUGUUUGAGCUGUUUUUCCAUGUGGUAUCUCUUUGGGAAGUAAUUCCUAUUUCUGCCCAUGGGAUUUCAGAGUGCUACAGUGCCUCUUUGGGGCCAGGGCUAUAUGUGCCCCAGCCAGGGCACUCUGAUGGGACAUGGAAAAUGCUCAGGAAAUGGUCAGUGUGCCCAGAGAGGGACAUGGGCAUGGGGUGAGAGGGCAGAUGAAUGUGACCCGGAGGGAGAGCAGACUGUGAGUAUGCAUUACCAGCAGUCCCCACUCAAAUCCAUCACUCCCUCCCUUCUGGGCACUGGUUUAUCCCAGUCUCAAUCUCUCUGUACUGGGGCAGCUACCUGGCAUCUUUUCCCCUGCAGCCACUGCUCCACUCUAUACCCCCUUCAACUUGCCCAUAUGGGACAUAACCUGUCCUCUCCACCUGCAAGGCAUGAAGCAGAGCUGCUCCCUCCUACCUCCUGCAUUUCACUUCUCCAUCCUUCGCCCUGCUGCAAUGCCCCUGGCAGCAACUCAUCCCCUUUCCAGCUCUGAGCUGUGGCACACUGCAGCCCGGCAGGCCACAGUGCAUGUGUCUCAUCCUCCCCAUCCAUCGUGUCCAAUCCCAUCCUAUUCCACCCCAUCCCAACUCACUCCAUCCCGUUCCACCCCACCUCGUCCCACGCCAACCCAUUGCAUCCCAUUCUACUCCAUCUCGUCCCAUCCCGUCCUAUCUUGUCCUGUCCCAUCCUCUCCGCCCUAUUCUCCCGUACCGUCCCGCCCUGUCCAUCCCAUCCCAUCCCAUCCCAUCCCAUCCCAUCCCAUCCUAUCUUGUCCUGUCCCGUUCCUUCCAGCCUUUCCCAUCCCACCAUGGAGGUGGUGGGCUCUCCUGCCGGAACCUCCCCUCCCUCCCCGCAGCCUCGAGUCGCGCCAGUGAUGGGGAGAGCGUCACCGUCUCCUAGCAACGCGCCUAGCAACGCUCCUAGCAACCGGGCAACAUCUGCUCCCGCUGGACCAAUCCGUGCCGGGCACAUCUGGGCGCCCACCUCCGCGGGCUGCAGCCGGGCGGUGAUGCGCUCCUCAGUGGCUGCAGGGACCCGCAGGAGCUGCCACCAGUGCCACCUCCUCCAGCGGCAGCCAGCAGCUCGGAGCGGCCGGGGAAGGACGAAGGACGGGAGCAGCUCUCCCUCCACAGCCGGGGAUCGCCGGGUGACGUUCUGCGGGCCGUGCUGCCAGCAAUGCUUGCUGAGCCCGUGAGAGGAGAUCUCACCAGGACUGCUGGCGUCAUCCCAGAGAGACCCUUUGCAGACUGACUCCACAUCCUCAGAGCUGAUCUGACUGGGGCCUACCAAAUCCAUUAACGACGUCGAAAGUAGCCUACUUUAAGAGAAAAUAUGCAGAAGAGGAACAUCUACAUCAAGAUUACCAUGAGUAUUGUCCAAAAACUGCUUUCCUCCCUGUGGUCGGUCCCUGAAUUUCUCUUUUUCCAGUUUCUGCCAUCUCCGGGUUCUGCACUACCCGCCCUGCCUUCACGUGAGCUCCAACCAUUGUACAAAAGCCGUCUCCAGCUUUUAAAUGCCACAUUGCGCUAUCAGCAGGGAAUCACAACUGCAUAUAAUGACUGCGGCAGGUGCCGUCAAGUAUUUCAUCUGAUAUUUGACGUGCUUAACUCUGCAGAAAGGGGAACGCUCGCUUCUGCUGGAAUGCAUGAGCCUGCGCUGUGUUACACGGUGACUGUACACCAACUCACUGGGAUCAUGCCUACUGAUUCUACGAUGGUAAAUGGCUUUUUAAUGUUUUAAAUUACUCGGGACCUGAUUGAAAGGUUUUUAUGAAAUUGUUUUCUAAAGUGAAUAGUAGAAAAAUGUAUAGGUAUUUUAAAUAUACAUAUAAUGUGCAUGUUAUUAAUAAAGGUCUAUUUCUAUUGAA